AAGACAAAAGUCACACAGUACGCGCUGCAGACCGAAAGCUGUUACCGGGUGUCGAGUGAGGCGCUGUAAAGAUUAGCAAGUGGUUAAUCAUGUCUGCUGAGCGACUGGCUAAGAUCCCUGAAGCUGAUAUCGACCCGAACGGCGUGUUUAAAUACGUACUCAUACGCGUGCACAGCAAAACCGACGAGUCAUACGUGGACCUAGUGCGCGGCUACGCGUGGGCCGAGUAUCACGCUGAUAUCUAUGACAAGGUUUCUGGUGAGCUGGAGAGAGCAGGUGGUGUUGACUGUGAGUGUAUAGGAGGCGGCAGGAUCAAACACGACAGCGCUGACAAAAAGAUCCACGUCUACGGCUAUUCCAUGGGCUUUGGGCGAGCCAAUCACGCCGUCUCUACGGAAAAACUGAAGACGAGAUACCCGGACUAUGAGAUCACAUGGGCAAACGAAGGCUACUGAUUCACUGGCCAGGGUUUUGUCAUGGUCGCUCAUCCAUGAACAGUCCUUGGGUUUGAGUUGUUUAUAAAACAACAGCUUGAUCUUGUUUCUGCUUGAAAAGCAUGAGAAAAUGGACACGUCAGUGAGCUGAAAUCAAGUGAUUUCUCAUUAACAGCAGAUGAAUUCUUGUUUACACGUUCAGUACCUUAUGAAUUCACUUUAUUUAUGUGUGUUCAUGCAAGCACUGCUCAACCGUGCAUUGGAGACCACUGAUUUUGUGAAAUAAUGCAACAUUUAAGGAAUUAAAUUAACCAUAUUUAGUUUAAUAAUUAUUAACAGAUUGCAGAAUGUUGUAGGCUCUUAAUAAUUAUUAAACCACAAACAUGCCAUAUGACAGUCGGCUUCAUACGAAGAAAUUAAUAAUGUCUUAUGGAUUUUAUGUUCAUACUUACUGUGCUUCUGGAAAUACAAGUGUUUCUGUGAUUUAAGGAAAACCUGAAAGUAUCUGUAUGAGUUAGGUCUUGGAAAUAGUGUAAAGUCUAAUAAAGAACUGCCAAGCCUCUGAAU